GCCAAUCUCUUCCCCAACAACGUACCGGCCAUCGGCACCGUACUGCGUCGUCUUUACGCCCGUAUGGAGACCCUAGACAAUGCCGUGAAAAAUUACCGCAGACCCAUUGGUACUCAAAGCUUCCCCGCCAGGCACUGCCAAGAGAUCAUGGAGAUCUCAAAGGCUCCUAUGGGUCCAGUAUCCGGAGAAUACUGGAUAGAUCCCAACCUAGGCUCAAGCCGCGACGCCUUCAAGGUUGACUGCCGCUUCGACCACGACUCAGGCAUAGCUAAGACCUGUGUUCCCGCAACUGCUGCAUCAAAAGCCUUCCGAUUGUCCUCGCUCAAGAAGCCGGAAUCAAGCAGCGCAUGGUGGAUGUCCAGUCUGAUUCAGGAGGUGGGCAAUGGCACCGAGCGGGUGAGUCCUACUUUAAUUUCACCAGUACGGCCGUAG